AUGCAACCGCAUCAACUCCUAAGCCUCUCCCUCGAGAACAACCUCGCUUCGGAACUGGACACCAUGAACAACCAACUGUACCCGACAGGCCUUGACCAGCCGGCCGCAUGGCCACAGUAUGCGUUGCCACCGCCUGCCUCAGAGCUGCCAAAGCAGGACAAACAACGGAAGAAGAAGUCCAACGCUAAGUCGACUACGAUUACCACAACAACGACCACCAAGAAGCGCCGUGUUCUAGGCUCCGAGCAAGCUCAGCAGGCUUUGCAGCAGGAGGGUCAUGAGUCUGUUGUGCAGACUCCUCCUCCUCAGCCGAGACAACGAUCUCUUCCGCAGCCUGAUAUCAUGCAGCUGCUGAGGCAGGAUCAUAUAGAUUAUGGCAACAUGUACACUCCACAACCGCCGGCGGCUACUGACUACGCACAGCAGCAGAUGCAGGAAGCUUUCAGUAGCAUGCAAUUACAGACUGCACAGGAGCAUCUGGACCCAUCGUAUGCACAGUCAAACAUGCAGCAAGGUACGGAAUAUCAAGCUUUGAAAGCGCCAAAGCCACAGCCCGAGACGAAGAAGGCUCCCAGGAAGAGCAAGAAGACGACGACGACGACGACGACGACGAUGACGCAGGUCACCGGAGGGAAAGCUCGGCGAAAGGCGGCAGCUAAGGGCGAAGCGGAGCUUCACCGCUUCGAUGAAGAGGUCAAGCGUAUGCUCGUCCAAGCAAGCGGCAUAUGCGUCGCGGGCUUUCCGUACUACAAGACUCAGGACGGCUACCUGUGCGGCGGAGGAUCUCACUUCGUAAAUGACGCGGAGGUGGACGCAAUGCUCGAAGGCCGGCGCCCACACGGACCCAUAAUCCAGUUUGUGAACCUUCUCCACGACAAAUCUACCUGGAUGGCCCCACCCCUCGAAGGCUGGCACGAGCCUUUCCACUUCGACCCCAUGACUUGCGUUCGACUGUGCAAAAUGCCCUUGCCAUUGAGGGCUGAUGGCACGGAAUGGCCCCGGUUGGAGGAGGCGUGCCGCAUCAUGAUAGAGGCUGCUUUAGGCCCCAACCUUCCUGGAUUGGGUGGUGCUGGAUGUCCUAUCCACGGCAAUAUGGGUAUGGGUAUGCCAGGAAUGGGUAUGGGUGGUUUCGGAGGCUUCGGGUCUUAG